AUGACCACCUCCACCGCCUCCACCACCGAGUACACAAACACCCGCGUCCUGAUCUCCAAGAUCCCCGAAGGCGUCUCACCCCACAAGGACCAUUUCAAGACCAUUACCGUCACGGAGACCAAGCCCGUUCUUGAAGAAGGAUCCGUCUUUGUCAAGAACAUCAUCUUCUCACUCGAUCCCUACAUCCGCCACGACUUUCCCCCCGGGACCACCCAAACCCCCGUCAUCGGCUUUGGAAUCGCCAAAGUCCUCCUAUCCUCCAACGCCUCCUUCCCUGUAGGAACAACAUUCUUUGGGAACCUCCCCUGGGAGACCUACACAACCCUCCCCGCCGCCGCCCUGGCGCUCGUCGUCCCCCUCCAACUCGACCCCGAACUCCCUCUGUCCGUCUAUAAUGGUGUCCUGGGCACUAGCGGGUUCACGGUUUGGGAUUCGUUGAGAAGGGUAGCCGAUUUGAAGGCUGGCGAAACCAUUUACAUCUCUAGUGCAGCUGGAACGUUGGGACAAGUAGCAGGCCAACUAGCAAAGCGCAAAGGCCUCCGUGUCAUCGGCUCCGCCGGAUCUGACGAAAAAGUCGCCUUCCUCACCUCGACCCUCGGCUUUGACGCAGCCUUCAACUACAAGACCCAAGACCCGCGCUCGGCCUUGACCUCCGCCGUCGGUCCCGCAGGCCUCGACAUCUACUACGACCUAGUCUUUGACUCGACCCUCGAAACCGUCCUCGACCUCCUCAACCCCCACGGCCGAAUCAUCUCUGUCGGCAUCGUCGCCGCCCACCAAGGCCAGCCAAUCGCCGCGCCCAAGAACUUGAUCAACAUCUUGAUGAAACAGUUGCGCUUUGAGGGAUAUACCGUUUAUGAGAACUUUGAUCACUGGGGCUUGUUUUGUGAGGAGAUGACGCCGUUGGUCAAGAGUGGAGAGAUCAAGUAUGCAGAGACCGUGGUUGAAGGCGGGGUCGACGUUGUUGUCGAGACUUAUUUGAAUGUGAUGAAGGGCGUUUAUAAGGGAAAAGUUAGCGUCCUCACCGGCGCUGCCGAUCUUUAA